AUGCUCCGACUCAGCCAAUUGGUGGGAGCACAAACUGUGCGAUGUAUCCACUGUUCAGCUUCCGUGCUGGGCGGCGUGCCGAUGUCCAAAUUCGACUCUAAAAGCUAUCUCCCAUAUGAGAAACUCGACAAGAAAAUAAAGGUCGUCAAGAAUCGUCUGAAGCGCCCGUUGACAUUAUCGGAGAAGAUUCUCUAUGGACAUUUGGACAAACCCGAUACCCAAGACAUUGAGAGAGGGGUCUCUUACUUGCGACUUCGACCCGACCGUGUUGCCAUGCAAGAUGCGACUGCACAAAUGGCCAUGCUACAAUUCAUUUCAUCGGGAUUGCCUCAAGUUGCCGUUCCAUCAACCAUUCACUGCGACCAUUUGAUCGAAGCUCAACGAGGUGGUGUACAGGAUUUGGCCCGAGCUAAGGAUCUGAACAAAGAGGUUUACAACUUCCUCUCUUCAUCUGGCAACAAAUACGGCGUCGGUUUCUGGAAGCCGGGAAGCGGAAUUAUUCAUCAAAUCAUUUUGGAGAACUAUGCUUUCCCUGGACUUCUUCUCAUUGGAACGGACUCUCAUACGCCAAACGGAGGAGGUCUUGGUGGACUUUGCAUUGGUGUUGGAGGAGCUGAUGCCGUUGAUGUGAUGGCUGAUAUUCCCUGGGAACUCAAGUGUCCAAAAGUCAUUGGCGUGAAAUUGACCGGGAAGCUUUCUGGCUGGACUUCAGCAAAAGACGUUAUUUUGAAGGUAGCCGAUAUUUUGACCGUGAAAGGAGGAACAGGCGCAAUUGUUGAGUACUUCGGGCCUGGCGUUGAUUCGAUCUCUGCGACUGGUAUGGCGACAAUCUGCAACAUGGGCGCCGAAAUUGGAGCUACUACUUCUGUAUUCCCCUACAACGACUCGAUGAAAAAAUAUUUGGAAGCAACUGGACGUGGAGACAUCGCCGGACAAGCCGAGAAAUUCAAGCACUUGUUUGUUCCGGAUGAGGGAGCACAUUAUGAUCAGCUGAUUGAAAUCGAUCUCUCAAAGUUGACGCCACACGUCAAUGGACCAUUCACCCCUGACCUUGCUUCUCCAAUUGACAAGCUUGGAGAAAAUGCUAAGAAAAACGGCUGGCCAUUGGAUAUUCGUGUUGGUCUAAUUGGCUCGUGCACGAACUCAUCCUACGAAGACAUGCAGCGCGCAGCCUCUGUAGCAAAGCAAGCUUUGGGGAAAGGACUCAAGACGAAAUCAACUUUCACCAUCACACCUGGAUCUGAACAAAUUCGCGCUACUAUUGAAAGAGAUGGUCUUUCCAAGAUCUUUGCCGACUUCGGAGGUAUGGUCUUGGCAAAUGCCUGUGGACCUUGCAUUGGACAAUGGGAUCGUCAAGACGUGAAGAAAGGAGAGAAGAACACUAUCGUGACAUCUUACAACAGAAAUUUCACUGGCCGUAAUGAUGCAAACCCUGCAACUCACGGAUUUGUGUGCUCCCCUGAAAUUGUGACCGCCCUAGCGAUUGCUGAUGAUCUUCCACGCGAAGGAUAUGACGCAGGAGAGGACACUUAUCAGGCACCAUCGGGAAGCGGAUCAGUUGAUGUUGCUCCUACAUCUCAACGAUUGCAGUUGCUUGCUCCAUUCAACAAAUGGGACGGAAAAGAUCUUGAGGACAUGGUCGUCUUGAUUAAGGUGAAAGGAAAGUGCACCACUGACCACAUCUCAGCUGCUGGCCCUUGGUUGAAGUUCCGUGGCCAUUUGGACAACAUCUCCAAUAAUCUUUUCUUGACCGCUAUCAACGCCGAAAAUGGGGAAAUGAACAAGGUAAAAAAUCAGCUAACCGGUCAAUAUGGUGCUGUGCCGGACACCGCUCGAGCUUUGAAGGCUUCAAAACAGGCUUGGGUUGCAAUUGGAGAUGAGAACUAUGGAGAGGGAUCUUCUCGUGAACAUGCAGCCCUUGAACCCCGACAUUUGGGAGGACGUGCUAUCAUUACCAAGAGCUUUGCGCGUAUUCACGAGACAAAUUUGAAGAAGCAAGGAAUGCUCCCUCUUACGUUUGCCAAUGCUGAAGACUAUGACAAGAUUGACCCAACUGAUCGAGUUUCAAUUGUUGGACUGAAGGAUUUUGCUCCCGGCAAGCCGUUGAAAGCUGUGAUUAAGAAGGGGAGCGGAAAGAAAGUCGACAUUUGGCUGAAUCACACUUUCAAUGAACAACAGAUUGAAUGGUUCAAAUCCGGAUCUGCCCUCAACCGAAUGAAAGAAGUGUUUGCCUCGCGAAAG